AUGUUGCUUCCUCUAACUCACCUUCCCGCUUCUCCAUUCCCGCCAAAAAUUCUAACAGACCAAUCCCUCUCUCCCUUCUUUUCCUUCCCUAAAACCCUUCCCUCCCAAAAUCCUAAACCUUCCAAAUUCGCAAUCCGGAGCUCCACCACCGGCACCAAAACCCUUGCGCCCAAGUCCGCCAUUCAACGCAUCGCCGAAAAGCUCCGAAGUCUUGGAUUCACCGAGAAUAACGAAAAACCCCAACCCCAACCAGAUACAAAGCACGCCGGAGAAAUCUUUGUUCCUCUACCGCAGAGAUUGCCGAAAUACCGGGUCGGGCACACGCUCGACUCGAGCUGGAGCACGCCCGAGAACCCGGUCCCGGAACCGGGCACGGGCAGAGCUAUUGCGAGGUUUCAUGAGCUGAGGCGAGAGGUGAAGAAGCAGAAGGAAUUGGAGAAGACGGGGAAGAAAGAUGAGAGGGUACCGACAUUAGCGGAGCUGAGUUUGGGAAAGGGAGAGUUGAGGAGGCUGACGACAGUUGGGAUUGGGCUGAGGAAGAAGCUGAAGAUUGGCAAGGCUGGGAUCACUGAAGGGAUUGUGAAUGGGAUUCACGAGAACUGGCGGCGGUCCGAGGUUGUGAAGAUUGUGUGUGAGGAUUUGUGUAGAAUGAACAUGAAGAGGACUCAUGAUAUGUUGGAGAGAAAAACUGGAGGGCUGGUUGUUUGGAGAUCUGGAAGUAAGAUAGUUUUGUAUAGAGGGGUUAACUAUAAGUAUCCUUACUUUUUGCACGAUAAAGUUGAUGAAGAUUCGACAAUUGACACUUCCCAUAAUGCACUGCCUGAUGCACACAUCAAUGAUGGAAUAAAUGAGAUCUCAAAUGAAGUAGACUCUGCUAUAAUACCAAGUACAACCAAUGAAAGAGCUCAACCAAUGUUAGUGAAAGGUGUUGGAUUGCAAGAUAGAGUUCGGUUUCAACUUCCAGGAGAGGCACAACUUACUGAAGAAGCUGACCGCAUGUUAGAAGGACUGGGUCCACGGUUUACUGAUUGGUGGGGUUAUGAACCUCUUCCCGUUGAUGCUGACCUUCUACCAGCCAUUGUUCCUGGAUACAGGAAACCUUUCCGCCUUCUUCCUUAUGGUCUGAAACCUAAACUAACAGAUGAUGAAAUGACCACAAUCAGGAGACUCGGCCGACCCUUACCAUGCCAUUUUGCAUUGGGCAGAAAUAGAAAUCUUCAAGGUUUGGCCUCUUCCAUUGUCAAACUCUGGGAAAAAUGUGAGAUUGCCAAAAUAGCUGUUAAAAGAGGGGUACAGAACACUAAUACCGAGAUUAUGGCUGAAGAAUUAAAGAGGCUGACCGGAGGAACUCUGCUUGCUCGGGACAGGGAAUUUAUAGUUUUGUAUAGGGGAAAGGAUUUUCUGCCGCCUGCAGUUUCUUCUGCCAUAGAAGAGCGGAGGAAGUAUGCAAUACAUGCUGAGAAACAGAUUGCAGAGCGUGGUACCUCAGUUACGACUAGACAGGAGCUUGAACCCAGGACUGAACCAGAAAAUAAACAUGAAUGGACCAAUGAUCAUAAAAUGGGCCUUCCAUCUGCAAAACGAAAGCUAAAGUCUGCUGAGGUGGUUGUCAAUAGGACUAGCAUUAAAUUGUCUAUGGCUUUAGAAAAGAAAGCAAAGGCAGAAAAACUUCUAGCAGAGCUGGAGAAUGCAGCUAUCCCCCAACAACCUGAAACAGAUAAGGAAGGUAUAACUAAAGAAGAAAGAUAUAUGCUAAGGAAGGUUGGCUUGAGAAUGAAGCCGUUCCUACUGAUGGGUAGACGAGGAGUCUUUGAUGGAACAAUCGAAAACAUGCAUCUUCAUUGGAAGUAUAGGGAACUCGUUAAGAUAAUAUGUAAUGAGAAAAGCAUUGAAGCUGUUCAGCAAGUAGCACAAACCUUAGAGGCAGAAAGUGGCGGGAUACUAGUGGCAGUGGAGAGAGUGAGUAAGGGUUAUGCAAUCAUUGUGUAUCGUGGAAAAAAUUACAGCAGGCCUGCUUCUUUGAGACCUCAGACACUUCUGAAUAAAAGAGAAGCAAUGAAGCGUUCUAUUGAGGCACAGCGUCGUGAGUCGUUGAAACUUCAUGUUUUGAGGCUUAACGAAAACAUAGACGAGUUGAAGCUUCUGUUGGUUAAAGAUAAGGAAGCGGACAAUAUGCAGUUGGUUGGUGAAUCAAGAAAUGAAUUGGCUAGAGACAAACAAGAAGCUCGUGUGACUCCCAUGAAUCUGAAUGAUGGAAUGGGUGCUGUUGUGAACGGUCAAUUAGCCACACAACAGGAUGAGGUGAUUAGUUUCUCUUCGACAUGGGAUGAGGAUGAAAUUGGUAAAUUUGAGCCUGGAUCUUCAAAUGAAUCAGUUACAAAUGAGGAGGAUGAAAUUGGUAAAGUUGAGCCAGGGCCUCCAAAUGAAUCAGUUACAAAUGAAACACAUGCAAAUUUUCUCAAGGAUACAAAUGGAGAAGUUGGAGACUUCGUCUCCACAUGUUUCCCUGAAGAUGUUAUGGGUAGAGGCAAACAAGAAGCUCAUGUGACUCCCAUGAAAUUGAAUGAUGGAAUGGGUACUAUAGUGAACGGUCAGUUAGCCACACAACAGGAUAAGGUGAUUACUUUCUCUUCGAUCUGUUGUGAGGAUGAAAAUGGUGAAGUUGAGCCAGUCUCUUCAAGUGAACCAGUUACAAAUGAAACUCAUGCAAAUUUGUUCAAGGAUGUAAAUGGAGAAGAGGGAGUCUCCAUCUCUACAUCUUUCCCUGAAGAUGCUAUGUCAAAUGGUCUGAACAGUUCUGCAACUGUUGACAAACAGCAUCGUGUUUCUGAGAUUGAGGCCAAGGACACAUCAGGUAGAUUUGGCAAUAGUGAAUCUGAACCGUCAGUCCCAGUAAUGGUAAGAAAGGAUUUUAAUGGGAGGCCCUCGAAAUCUGUGCAUCUUUCCAACGGGGAGAGGCUGCUUCUGCGAAAGCAAGCCCUCAAGAUGAAAAAACGCCCUGUGCUUGCAGUCGGACGGAACAAUAUUGUAAGCGGAGUGGCGAAGACAAUCAAGGCUCACUUUGAGAAGCAUCCUCUUGCCAUAGUGAACGUCAAAGGCAGAGCAAAAGGAACUUCAGUCAGGGAAGUGGUUUUGAAACUGGAGCAAGCAACGGGUGGAGUUCUAGUCUCCCAGGAGCCUAGCAAAGUUAUACUUUACAGGGGUUGGGGUGCUGCAGGAGAUAAUGAUAGGAAAGCAAGCAACACGGGGAAGAAGGUUUCUACACAGGGUUCUGUGUCUCCUGAACUACUGGCGGCAAUAAGACUUGAGUGUGGUUUUAAAUCUCCCAGAAACGAAGAUGCAACACCAACGGCUCAGGUCGAAAUCUGA